AUGAAACUUUACUUCUUGUUAGAAAGCCUCGAUGUCGGGUCAGGUUUUCUUAACGAAGGUCGAACUCACAGCCUGUCGAGACACGAGUCUUCGAGACAGUGGGAUACAAUAUACAUUCCGUCUGAUGACUCUAUCACUCCCACCGUCUUCAUGGAUCUUUACAGCUCACCCAAGCGGCAAACCAAAGACACAAUUCCACAUAUCUCAGGGGAUGCUGGGAUCAAAACCUUCAAGUCACAACACACUAGACGCCAGCCACAAAAGCCGUUGACAGGAUCUACUCGGAGAGCUCCGCUCCAGCAAAACUUGAAGGUUUUCCAGGCAGGGGCGACAACCUUUGAUAAACCUGGAACAGGUGGCGGCAAAGAAAAUAUCCCUCCUGGAUUUUCCGCCAUCACCAAGAAAAAAAGCAAAUCAGAAAAUCAUUCAACGGUGAUCAAAAUGGCCCGUCCAGCUGUGCAAAAUGCCACUCUCAGAACACGCAUAACAACCAAGCCCAAUGAAGCGCAAAUAGAGCCAAUGAAGCGAGUGAAUAUGAGUGAAACUCGAGGGAAUGCCGUCAGAGUUCCCAAAAAAAUAGAACAUUCGCCGCCUACUGAAAAUCCCCGGCCUCUGCCUUUGAAGCAUGUCUUCUCCGCCAUCGUUAUUCAACGGGAAUGGCGCUCAUUUAUAGAACGACGAAAUAAGCGCGCGUGUGCUAUCGCCACAGUCAGGAUGGAGUUGGCAUAUGAGGUGAUUACUCGAUGGUGGCGUGAUGUCAAAGCCUGCAGGCUGCGAGAGCAGACAGAGCAGGUGAAGCUGAUGGAGCGGACCGAACAAACACCUCGACGCAAACGUGCUAGUCAGAGAUCGUCUGUUCGCCAGAGCCAACAUAAUUCUGGCCGCCGAGGCAUUCGGCGCCUCUGA